AUGGGAAGCCCAAUUUCACCGGUCUUUGCAGAAUUUUGUCUACAAGAAUUAGAAGAACAAUUAAUAUUGAACAAUCCAGACAUUCCUUUUUACCAAAGGUUUGUGGAUGACCCCAACGGCUGUAUCAAGGCAGGCAAGAAGGAUAGUAUCCUCCAAUCUCUUAACAGUUUUCACCCCAGUAUCCAAUUUACAUGUGAAACAGAAGAAAGUCGCAAGCUGCCAUUUUUGGAUGUCAUAAUAUCCCGAGAUGAAGAUGGAACCAUUCACAGACAAGUUUAUCGCAAACCGACGCACACUGGGAGAUACCUCAACUAUAACUCAUACCACCAUCCAUCCCAAAAGUUGGCUGUAAUAGAUGCCCUCAGUUAUAGAGCUUUCAAAAUAUGCGAUGACGAAUAUCUAGAAAAUGAACUCAAUUUAAUAACAAGCUCUUUGAUGACAAACGGAUAUCCGAAAAACUUAAUCAAAUUAAGGAUAGAAAAAAUGAGGACAAAAUUUUCAACCCAACCUACUAACCAUGAAAAUCAAGACGAGGCAAAAUCACCAAGAAUAAUCUUACCGUAUAUGGGACCACUCACCCACCGAUUAACGAAUUACUUACGCAAUAACCUAAAUUGCGAGUUCGGAUAUUUGACUGGGAAGAAUAUGAAACAAAUAAUCUGUUCCUACAAGGAGAAUCCACCAUCCGAUAAAGUAAGACAAGCCGCCCGCUUAAUCAACGAGUAA